AUAAUUUCUGAGUAGAACUAAUGGCUGCAAGAAAGCAAAUAAGAGAUUUUGCGAGAGAUGAUCUCUUGUGGAAAGCUUUCAUAAAUUCCGAAGAUGGUGCGGAGAAAAUUUGGAGAUCAAAAUGGGGAUGGCAGUUGGAUGAAUACAAAAGUUUGCAAGAAACUAUGAAGGAAUAUACAACAAAGUCGCAACUUUUAAGGAGAGUUUUUGUUGAAGCGGAAAAAGAUCUUAGAAAAUUGGGCAAACUUCCAGAGAGUACUAAUCACAUGUACGGAUAUGUUGCUGCUAAUCCGGAGUUUAAAUUGGAAAAGUACGGUCCUGAAGUAUUUGUACCGUUGCAUCUACCCAAAGAAUAUAAAAUAAUAAAUACAAAUAUUUAAUGGCGACUUUUGGAAUAUGUUCGAAUUAAAUAGAAAUGCCAACGAUAAAA